UUGUUGAUAUAUAAACAAACCUAAGCCGGCCUUCUCUGGGCUUUUUGAUCUUAAAUUUUCCGGGAUUUCCACAUAUUUUUGGGCAAAAUAAUCUCAAAAAACCUGCUUCCAACAUGCCCGUUUUGUCAGAGCUUAGUCCAGACACCUCACUUCUCACCCCAGACUUUGAGGGCUACAAAUUGUCCCUGGACAAAGUGCCCAUUUUCAAGCAUGAGAUUUCUGGAGGAGGUGUGAAUCACCUUGAACCAUCUUCUGAUCAAUUCUCGUUCCUGUUUGUGCGCCUCUUCGGUCUCCACAAUCACUUGCAUGGCGAUCCGUGGACCAAGGGACAUGUCUACUUUUUCAACGAGAACGGCGAAAUCGUCAAAAAUGUUUGGGACACUGAUAAGCGUUCAUUUGAGAGCAGCGUUGUUGCCACCUCGAGCUUCAAUAAACCUGUCAGUGGCGACUUAAACCCUACCAUUUGUCUGGACACUCCAAAGCAUGCUGCAGUUAUGGAUGGGGCGUCUGGUGGACUCGUCAGAAUCUUCACUACUGGGGACCGUAAUUCAAAUGAAAGCUGGCAGGAAGUUGCCAGUUUUAAAAUUGACGUUGUUGGUGUCCUCAAAGGCUUGGUUUCCAAUCAGGAGAGCAACGAAAUCCACGUUUUAAUUGAGUCAGUUGUUCACUCUGAGUCUAUUCCUGAGCUCAAAUACCAGGAUGAGGAUCAGCCGAGCGAAUCUGCUACCCUCAUCCACUGGCUGACAGUUAAUCCAACUCUAGGCAAAGGAGAGGAUUGCAUUGUUUCAAAAAGGAAGAUUUGUGUGCAUGGUGUUGUUGAAUACGUAGCUUUGGAAGAGGGUGGCCAAGCUGUGUACGUGGCCAGUCACAAGGAGGCAUUCUUCACCUAUGAUUCAAACAGGCCCUGCACACCUCCAAUCGAAAGAGCUCUCAGAGAACCAAUUAACUACACAUGGGACCAGACUGAAAACGAGGUUUUCGUAACCUUCAGCAUUCACUCGGCCAUUGACAAGAAAUGUCUAGACGUUGAAAUUGACGAGGAGGAAAGAAAACUGAAAAUCACCAUCAAGGGACCUGAGCAUUCCAAAGUGGUCAUCGAUGGAGUGCUUGCUCAGGGCAUUACCAAAGACUUUGAAGUUUCUGUUGUGGACGGCCGAGCUGAAAUUCGACUGAACAAAAAAGAGGCCGAUCAAACAUGGGAAGAAUUCAUUGCAGACGACCCGCACGGUGCUAAAGCCCCUCAUCCAGAAGAAAUCACAAAAGCUGCUGCUGGACUUGAAAAAUUCACUUCGGAAGAUAAAAUGGACGAUGAAAACAUAAACCAGGGUUUCAACGCAGGCCAGUUGGAAGAAUGCGACUCGGAAGCAGUUUCGGCCAGACUUGUGCGUCUCCCUCUGACCUCCCAUUCCCCGAGCCACACAGUCCUCCUCAGCGGCCAUCAGUGGAUUGGCGCCUGUCGUCCUCCACCACCUGGCCUUCCUGCUCUUCUCCUCAGGCACGACGUGGACGCCCUCGUCUGGCAGCCCAACGAGCCCAAAGACUCGACCUGGACUCUGUCUCACCUGUCAACCUUCCCAGGCUUUGGCUAUGUGCAGGCCUCCAAAACAAGCCGCAAGUGGGUUGUUUGUCCCUCAGCCCUGGGGUGGGUGGCUGUGGUCGACAGCCAGCAGCACAUCUACCUUUACCACCAGCCCCAACCUUUGCAGACGCAGCUUGUGAACAGGAAAUCAGGUCAAAAGGUCAAGACGGUGGCUAGACAGCAGGUAGUGAGUCUGCCCGACAACACAGCCAGGAUUUUGGGUGUUUACCCUGAGGAUGACAAGCUCUUCGUCUUGCACAAAAACUCCAUUCUGGUUCUCAGCAUGAAUCAGAAUCAAGACUGAUUGGCAGAAGAAUGUCUGACUGAUUGAUGUAUAGAAGAUGAAAUUUCAUCAAUUUUUGGUAUUUUUAUUUUGACCUGUGCUACAGCAAAUAAAAAAUCAUGCAUGGAUAUAAAUACUAGAAAAUUAUCUAAUUUUUCA